AUGGCUUCGUCCUCUUCUGCCAGCGGGCGCUCACCGUCGUCCUCUCGCCAGCCACAGCUUCGCCUUCAGCCCACGCGCCUCGCCCUCGUCCAGCUAGGCCAGACCUCCCGCGACAAGGGCUUCAACAUCUCCCAUGCUCGCGAAGCCAUCAAAAGGGCAGCCACGCAGGACGGAGGCGCAGAUAUGGUCGUCCUGCCUGAAUGCUGGAAUUCACCUUACGGCGUGCACUUCUUCAAUGACUACGCAGAGGAUUUCGGUGGGCUUUGGGAGAGGAUCAAACGUUCCAUCGAUCGCAGAGGUUCGCGAUCCCGUGAUAGGGAUGAGGAGGGCGAUGGUCAGGCUGAGGAAGCUCUCCUUCAGCGUUGGGGCGUUGAUGGACUCGGCGGGGCGGCACUCGAGAUUGAUACCGAAGCGUGCAAGAGCGAGUCGAUCAAGUUCAUGAGUGGGAUUGCUAGGGAGCUGGGCAUCGUGCUUGUCGGUGGGUCCAUCCCUGAGAGGGUGGCCAAGGAUGGCAAGCUCUUCAAUACCGCCACCGUCUUUGAUCAGAAGGGACGCCUCAUCUCGAUUCACAGAAAGGUGCACCUCUUCGACAUCGACAUCCCAGGCAAGAUGACCUUCCAAGAGUCCGUCACACUCACAGGGGGUGACCGUGUUACCGUCUUUGAGUGCUCCCUCGGUCGAUUUGGUCUCGCAAUCUGCUACGACAUGCGCUUCCCCGAGCUCGCUUCCAUUGCUUCCCGCAUGGGAGCAGGCGUCAUGAUCUACCCAGGUGCAUUCAAUACCACCACUGGGCCACGCCACUGGGAGCUCCUGCAGCGAUGCAGGGCAAUGGACAAUCAAAUGUACGUCGCCGCUUGCUCGCCGGCGAGAGCGUCGCAGGAGGCUAUUGAGAAGGAGAAGGCGUACCCUGCGUGGGGCCACUCGACUGUCACUGAUCCCUGGGCGAAGGUGGUGGCUACGACUGAGGAGCAGGAGACGAUCGUUCGGUGGAAGCUCGACCCAAAGGAGGUCAUGGAAGUGCGCACAGGCAUUCCAAUUACUAGGCAGCGUAAGUAUCGCGGCUAUCCACCAGAAAUUAAAGGCUGCGCAAGCUAA